GCUUCUGGAAUAAACAUGUGCUGCAAGUUCAUCUGUUUGCUUAGCUUCUCCUGGCCCCGUGCAGAGGAGAAGGCUGGCUAUGCAAUACAGUGUGUGAAGUUCGUCGGAAAGAACUGACUUGAGAGAGUGCAGGCACCACGUGAAGUAGAAAUGGCGACCAUUCUUCACAAAGGCAAACAUCCCUUCUUCUCCUUUGAUAGAAAAAUCAAAUUUACUGCAAGCCUGGAUUUGGCCUUUGCACAGAAUCAAAGUUUUAAGAAACCUCCCAGAACCGGUUCAGAUACAUGGCAAAAGCAGCCUCCUGAUUUUAGUUACAAGCUUUAUCAAACUUCCCAACCACCACCUCAGGCAUGUCAAAAAGAAAAAGAAGAACUGAAGAAGAGCAAGAGCUCAAAAGCUGACACCAUCCAGCAGCUAUCUAUGAUAUAUUCUAGCCAGUUCCUCCCUCCUUUGGGAAGGAAGAAGAAAUUGCCCAUGUUUGUCACAAGGUUUCCCCAGGUGGGCUUAUAUGAAGCUGAGAUAAUGUUUGUAAAGAAUGGAAAGUAUAAGACUGGCACAUACCAGGAUUCCAAACCCUAUGACUUUAGGCAGUCUGAAGCUAACAUGCCAGAAUUUGUGACAAGUUACGCCACAGACCCUUUCAAUUUAAAGUUCAAAUCACAGAAUUUAAACACAGUUUACAGACCGGAACCACUGAUAGAAAAACAAAAAGAUGUUGACCGAAGAUUUAUUACUUACAAGCCUCAUGAAUGCAAGUGGGAUUUCACGUUAAUUCUGCCAAAGAAUCCCUGGCCACCCAAACCUGCCUCAUUUACGGGAUCCCAGGCUAAUGGGCAGGACAAGAAGAGAGCAAUGCAAUGGAAGUUCUACAGCAAUAUCCAACAUUCCUGAACUAUGAAACAUAAAUAUCACCACAAACUCUGAGAGAUACUAGUGGUAUUUAUCCAUAUUUCUCAUACACCUUAUUGUGUCAGGUCUCAACUUUUUGAGAAUCCUGGCUUGGAAUAACAAAGGAGGACUAGAGCUCUUAGUUCAUACAAAUUAUCCUGGGUAGAUCCAUUAAUUAAGAACUUGUAAUGUCUUUAGUACAAUGCAGUUGGUGUAACUUUUAAAGCACUGAUUCAAAAUGGAAACAAAGUAAAA